UACCAGCUCCCGAUGGGUACCUGGGGCUCAGCCUUCGACUCUACUCCCAUUGCAUACAAUUUGGAAAAUGCAGAAAGGCAAAAACAUAGCCCAUGAACCUAAUACUCAGUAUUUAGUCUAGUGGUAUGUUUUCUUACCAGUAUUAUUAUUUUUUUUUUUGCAUGUGUUAUAUUUACUCUGCCUUGUGCCUGGGGUGGGGGUGGGGCACAGAGGUGAGAAGCCUCGGCAGCGGCAGCGGAAGGGAGCUCAGACUCCUGGGCUGGCACAUCCUGGCUCCUCCCCCUCCCCAGUGGCCAUGGCCAUGUCGCUUUCCCUCUCUGUUGUUUGGUUUCCUGGGUAUGAAGUGAGGGACGUGGUGGUGGGUACCUUGUAGGGUGGCUUUGAUGUGGGGAUAUCAUGGUGAACACCUGCCGAGCUCUGAGGACAGUGCCAGGGCACAGGAGGGGCCAGCAAUGUUUGGUGUGAUGAUUGUUACGAAGCAGGGCAGAGGGGAGGCAGUUUCUGUUCUGUUUGUUUGGUUUGUUUCUUGGUGCUGGAGCUGGGCGCCAGGGCCUCAUUGGACUUGAGAGCAGACAGGGGUCUCCAGACAAACAGGCUGAGGAAGGGUAAGGUCCCCACAUCAGGUGGCUGUGUGGCCGUGGGCAGGCGCGAUGUUCGAUGUUCGUUGGUGUGGUUUUCCUGACAGCUGUGAAGUCGGCGCUGGGCUCUGAGGACAGAUGAGACCGCAGGGACAGCCUGGGCUGUCAUCGUUGCUUGCAGAAGUGUGAUGUGGCCCCUUGAGCUUUUCCUGGGUGGUCACCUUUGCCACUGUCGCAGCUUCUCAGGAGCAGCAGUGUCUCUGGGUAAAGGUGUGUAGAGCCUCGGACUUCCCCUGGUUAGCAGGGUGCAGCUCGUGCUGUGUUUCGGGGCCAGGUCCCACCCUUGGGGUCCCUUCUUUGGCCCCUCGAUGUUCUGUUCUCCGAGCCCCAGGUGCGGAAGAAAGCAGGAAACAGACACAUUUGCAUUCAAUCCUUGCUCUGCUUAUUUCUCCUCCUUUAAGCAGAACACCCAGGCUUACGGUGUCCUUGUACCGUGUCUUACCAGCAAUCACGAGGAUUGACGUCACAGAGCUUCUUAGAAUUUUUUCAGACCUGCAAGUCUCAGUUUCCUUUUACCUGUAAAAGGAGGUGAUCCGGGCCCAGCCGGCUGUUUACUGAGCAGUCACCGUCCGCCAGGUGCCGUGACUAGGUUACAGAUGAGGAAACACACGGAGCUGAAGUACCUCGCCUGCAGUCACUCGGGGCUGUGGUGAGGCUGGGACCUGAGCCUGGGUGCCUCCAGACCUGUCCUGCACCCUCAGCGCCUGGGCCUCACGUGGUUUUGUGGCCUGCAGGGUCAGGAUCCAGGGCGAGUGGCCGGGUGCUCAUGCGGAACACAGCUGUACAUGGCAAGACAGGCGCGAGAGAUGCAGGCCAGCUGACUGGAAACCGAGUUUUCUUCUAGACUGCAGGCUCAGGCGGUGAGGCCUCGCGGCCUCCUGGCCUCCUGUGGAGGAUGCAGUUCUUCGGCCGCCUGGUCAGCGGUGUCACCACCUUGUUCUCGAACCCAUUCCGUGUGAAGGAGGUGGCCAUGAGCGACUAUUCCUCGAGUGGCCGGAUUCGGGAGGAAGGGCAGCUGGUCCUGUUCCACAGCGCUUCCAGCCGCACCUUGGACUGCAUCCUGGUCAACCCCAGGAACUCUCAGAGCGGCUUCCGACUCUUCCAGCUGGAGCCGGAGAAUGAGGCCCAGGUGCACUUUGAGCGCUUUGCCUCCCUGCUGCCGCCCUUCUACGAGAGCUCCACGCAAGUCCUGCACGUCGAGGUCCUGCAGCACCUCUGCGACCUCAUCCGCAGCCACCCGAGCUGGUCCCUGGCGCACCUGGCUGUGGAGCUGGGCAUCCGCGAGUGCUUCCACCACAGCCGGGUCAUCAGCUGUGCCAACAGCAAGGAGACUGAGGAGGGCUGCACCCCGCUGCACCUGGCCUGCCGGAAGGGCGACGGGGAGAUCCUGGUGGAGCUGGUGCAGUUCUGCCACGCCCAGAUGGAUGUCACCGACAACAAAGGAGAGACUGUCUUCCACUAUGCCGUGCUGGGUGACAGUUCCCAGGUGCUGCAGCUCCUAGGGAAGAACGCGUCCUCCGGGCUGAACCAGGCCAACCACCAGGGGCUGACGCCGCUGCACCUGGCCUGCCAGCUGGGGAAGGAGGAGAUGGUGCGCACGCUGCUGCUGUGCAACGCGCGCUGCAACGUGGUGGCGCCAAGCGGCUACCCCAUCCACAUGGCCAUGAAGUUCUCCCAGAAGGGGUGUGCUGAGAUGAUCGUUGGCACGGACAGCAGCCAGAUUCACAGCAGAGACCCUCGCUAUGGGGCCAGCCCCCUGCACUGGGCCAAGAACGCAGAGAUGGCCCGCAUGCUGCUGAAGCGGGGCUGUGACGUGGACAGCACCAGCACCUUGGGGAACACGGCCCUGCACGUGGCGGUGAUGCGCAACCGCUUCGACUGCGUCAUGGUGCUGCUGACCCAUGGGGCCAACGCGGGUGCACGUGGCGAGAACGGCAACACCCCGCUGCACCUGGCCAUGUCGAGAGACAGCGUGGAGAUGGCGAAGGCUCUCAUUGUGUUUGGGGCAGAUGUGGACACCCCGAAUGACUGUGGGGAGACUCCUGCCUUCAUAGCCUCCAAGAACGGCAAACUCGUCACCAGGAGGGCGUUCUUGACUCUGCUAAGAGCCGUGGGGGCCACCUACAACGUCCCAUCCAUCCAAGGGGGCCCCACGGAGAACAGCUCAGUGGCAUCGUCUCAGCCCUGCUGCCUGGGGAGAGCUCAGCCCCCCGCGAUCAGCUUAAGCAGCCUAGAGCUGGAGGACCUUGUGCAUGUCUCCCGUGCCCGGAAGCCGCCAUUCCUCCUGAGCUCCAUGAGGGACGAGAAGCGGACCCACGACCACCUGCUCUGUCUGGACGGAGGGGGCGUGAAAGGCCUGGUCAUCAUCCAGCUUCUCAUUGCCAUCGAGAAGGCCUCGGGCGUGGCCACCAAGGAUCUCUUUGACUGGGUGGCGGGCACCAGCACGGGGAGCAUCCUGGCCCUGGCCAUUCUGCACAGCAAGUCCAUGGCCUACAUGCGCGGCGUGUACUUCCGCAUGAAGGACGAGGUGUUCCGGGGCUCUCGGCCUUACGAGUCGGGGCCCCUGGAGGAGUUCCUGAAGCGGGAGUUUGGGGAGCACACCAAGAUGUCGGAUGUCAAGAAGCCCAACUGCCCUCCUUUCUUGUUCGUCCCCAGGGUGAUGCUGACCGGGACACUAUGUGACCGACAACCUGCCGAGCUUCACCUCUUCCGGAAUUAUGAAGCUCCAGAGGCCGUCCGGGAGCCGCGAUACAGCCAGAACGUUAGCCUGAGGCCUCCAGCUCAGCCCUCAGAGCAGCUGGUAUGGCAGGCGGCCCGGAGCAGCGGGGCAGCCCCCACCUACUUCCGGCCCAGUGGGCGCUUCCUGGAUGGCGGGCUGCUGGCCAACAACCCCACACUGGACGCCAUGACCGAAAUCCAUGAGUACAACCAGGACCUGAUCCGCAAGGGUCAGGGCAACAAGGUGAAGAAGCUCUCCAUCGUGGUCUCUCUGGGGACAGGGCAGUGUCCUCAGGUGCCUGUGACCUGUGUGGACAUCUUCCGCCCCAGCAACCCCUGGGAACUGGCCAAGACUGUUUUUGGGGCCAAGGAGCUGGGCAAGAUGGUGGUAGACUGUUGCACAGAUCCUGACGGGCGGGCUGUGGACCGGGCCCGGGCCUGGUGCGAGAUGGUGGGAAUCCAGUACUUCAGGAUGAACCCCCCACUGGGGACAGAUGUCAUGCUUGAUGAGGUCAAUGACUCAGUGCUGGUCAAUGCACUCUGGGAGACCGAGGUCUACAUCUACCAGCACCGAGAGCAGUUUCAGAAGCUGGUCCAGCUGCUGCUCUCGCCUUGAGCUCCCUUCCCUGCGGCGAGGCCACUGCCACCAGCAGGCAGAGCCAGGGCCAGGCAGCCCCAUGUCCCCAGGCCCACGAGGCCCCGUGGCCGCACACCUUCCACCUAAGGCUGGUCUGUCCCUCUCACCUUCCGUCACAGCCAGCUGCGGGCUCAGAGUCCACACCCCUGUCCCAGACUGAGGGACACAUGUCUUAACCAGUGGCCCUGCGCCCCUCAGCUACAACACUACAGGCCCAGAGUGCCCUGCAGCCCCCAGACCUUCAGGGGAAAGCCAGGCUGGGAGCGGGGUGCCCCAUUCGACUUUGCUCCUCUGUGCAUCUGGUCAUCCCACCCCGGAGCUGCCCCACCCUGAGUCCUCCCUGCUCUCAAAGGUCACCCCUGCGAGCUCACUUAAUCAUCUCUAGAGAAGUGUUUGAGUGGGAGGGGAUGGGGGCCCCAAAACUGUGAAAUAAAUGGUUUGGACUCCA